AUGAAUAAAUCAUUCUUUACUUUGAAUUUAACAGUCAUAAUCUUAUUGUAAUCAUUACAAAACUUAAAUGCUUAAAUAUGUUAAGCAUUUUCUAGGCAGCACCAGCCUAGAUUUUCUGAGAACUAUAAUAUUUAUCGUUUUUUGAAGUUGCCUAACACUAAUUUACUUUUGAUAAACACUAUAAAGUCUGCAAAUGGUUAAAAGAUUUAGAGUAUAGUAUAUUACAAUGAUAUUUCUAGUGAAAUUGAUAAUAUUGUGAAUGUGGUUAAACCUAAAUACAUUAUAUUACAAAUGGAGUAUAUUCUAUAAAGAAAUCAAAUUUUAGUUCUGAAUUAAGAAUAGCUAAUAUACGCAGAUCCUUAUACUCUUGAAUCUAUAUAAGCACUACCAUUCGCCAAUGUAGAUACUAUGUAUUUCAUGAAAGGAACUAAUUAUUGUGUCGUAAAAAGUUGGAUUAAUGUAUUAUAUGUUGUUGACUAUAUAGAAGGAAAAUAAAUUCUAUCUUUGAAUAUUUUACCUUAUAAUUCUGCCAGUAAUAAUAUUAUUACUAAUGCAAAGUUAUUUUAGCUUUAAAAUGGUUAAACUUUUAUAGCAGCAAUUGAUUAGUAUGGUGCUUAUACUUGGUCAAUUAAUUUAAAAACUUUAGCAUUCUCAUUCAAUGGAUAUUUUGUAGUUAAUGGUCCUAUUAACAACGUAAUAGAAUUCUCCAAGGAUUAUGAUAUUAUAUUUUUAGCAGGAGUUCAAUAAAUAAUCUAUGCUUUCUAGAUCAUUAAUUUAUAAACGAAUUAGAUACAAUUACUUACGACUAAUUAUCUACCAAAUGUUCAAUCAGGAGAUAAUGUAGCCAGUUUAACCUUUAUAAAUUCUUAAAAUAGUUAAGGCAGUUUAUAUCUAGGUGGCUAGAGGUUUAUUUAUAGAUUAGAUUUAAAUUUUGUCUAUAAAUAGAAUACAAAUAUAAUUGAUUCUUUUAGCUUUGCUAAUAUCAAUCAACCUUUCACUGUUUAACUACCAGGAAGUCCAACUUAAGAAUGGUAUCAUUUGGAAGAAAGUCAAUAAAUAGUAAUGGGAUACUGGACUGGAAUGAUUACAUAAUCAGCUGUAUUUGUUUAUUCAUAUAGUACAAACACUUCUCUCAUUCGUUUUAAUAUUCUUUCUGUAGGUUAUACAAAAAUAUUUAGUUUCUAACUCAAUUCAUAAAUAUACUUUGCUGCUGCUACAUAAUAUGAAAUUUUAGUCACUAAAGAUUCUCCAAGUAACGUUAAAUCUAUCAUUAGGUUACCUCUUCUUAUUGGAAUCAAAUAAAGAUAAAAUUCAUUUUUUUCUGUAAAAAACUUAAUGGACUCAUCAUUCACUUCUGAAUAUUACUAUUUACCUUAGAUAAAACUGAAUACUGAUUUAAUAAGCUUCAAUGUUGAUCCCUACUAAGAUAUUAAUCAAUUUAAUUGGGUUAUUGUAGGAUUACCUUAUAAAUAAAAUAAUGAAAAUUUCUUAUUUUAUGCUAUAAAUAUUUCCUCUUAAUAAUCAUUUAAAUUGUUCUCUGAUAUAGUAGAAGAAAAUAAUCAAAUAACAAGUUAUGCUCUCUAUUCCUAAGAAGAUUAAGAAAUUGUUGGAAUAGCUUUUAGUGGAAGUAUUUUUGUUUGGAAUUCUACAGACUUUUCAUUCAAAUACUCAAUAGCAUCCGAUUGUUCUGACUCAAUAAUUGGUUAAUUAUUCCAUACUGAUGAUAAUAAAUUUCUAAUAAUAGUUUGUGGUGAUUACAAUAUAAUUAUCUAUAAUUUCUCUAAAAAAACAUUUUAACCAUUAAUGAAGCUAUAGUCCAAUCCAUACUAUUUAAAUGUAUUCAAUAAAAUUAAUAUGUUUGGAGUUGGAGAUUAAAUGAGCGGAGAUGUUUAUGUAUGUAGAUUAAAUACAAUUACUUAAUAAUUUGAAUUAUUUAUGCAUUUCCAGUCUCCUUCUUUAACAGAUGCUGCAAAUAAUAUUUAGUAUAUAGAAAAUACUUAGGUUUUAUUUAUUUAGUAUUACUAUAGUAAUACAUUUUUCCCUAUUGGAUAAUGUCUUUAAAAUUUGCCUAGUUGUACUUAGAAAUGCUAAAUUUAGUUUUAUUUUAAUACUACUGAAAUUGCUGAUACUAAAAGUCUAUAUGGGAUAGGUUCUUUUGAAUAGCCUUUUACAUCUUCUUUGAGUAUAAUUUCAUCUUUACUUAUAGCUUAAUAAUAUUUCGAAUUAAUAAACGGAUUUGAAAUUCUAAACGUUAAUUUAUUACUUAGCAACUAAAAUGAGAUGGUAUUUUACAAUGAACUGCUAACUUUGUAAGUUUUUGCAUAAACAAAUUUAACAAUUUAGAGUUGGAAUAAUAAUCAAUUAGCUUAAAUUAAUAUAAAUUCGUUGCUCCAAUUCUCAGGUCUCUUUAUGCUAAACAUUGAUAAUAUACUUUUUAAUUUUAUUAUUAGUAGCUCCUAAUAAAAGUGUGGGUUCUAUUUCUAUGGUAUAAUUUCAAGUGCUACUAUAGAUAACAUAAGUAUAUCUUCUACAGUUAAUACAUCUGACUGCUUCUUUUUUUAAAUAAAUAGUUCUUUCUUGAUUAUUAAAAAUAUAAACAUAAAAAAUUUAGAUUUUUCAAAUAAAUCAACUUUAAUAACAAUCGUUAAUUCUUAAUAGAUUGUACUUUAAAAUAUUCUAAUUGAUAGCUGUAAAUUAAGUGAAAAUUUCAGUAUAUUAACCUAAUAGAGUGAUGUUAAUGUUAUUAUUGAUACUUUUGUAAUUUAAAAUAAUCUAUGUGACAUAAAUUAAAUUUACUAUCCACAAUUCUCUGGUUAGCUAUUUGAAGCUGGUGAGUUCAAUGUAGCUAAUAUGACAAUAUCCAAUAAUCAGUUUUGUAAUUUAUAGAUAUUCUCAACUGUCAGCACAAUCGAACAAAAAAAUUAUACCUUUUAGUUCUAGAAUAUAACUAUGUACAAUAACUCAUUUUAUACAACACACAAUUAUCUCUUUUUUGAUGCUAUUUAUUCAAUAAAUCCUCUUCCCUAACACACUUUAAAUAUGAGUUAUUUAAAUUUCACUGAUAAUUCUUACUUUCCCUCUUCUUAAGUUUAAUCAGAUAUCAACCUCGGAAUUACUUAAUUAGUUCUAACUGAACAAAUUUUUUCAGUUUUAAUAACUGAAGUUACAUUAAAAAACCAAUAAGAAAUAGCAUUUUGUUCAUUAUCCUAAUCUUCUCUAGUCUCAAUUAGCAAUAUUUCUUGCUUAAAUGAUAAAAAAUUUUUUGAUAGUUUAGUCAAUAGAGAGUAUGGUGGAUGUUUAAUUUUCAAUGAAAUAAAAAAGAUUAUCAUAACUAAUCUACAAUCAAGCUAUAUAAAAGCAAUAAGUAAUUCUAUUUUAGUAAUAAAAAAUUAAGCUUACACAAAUUCAGUAAUAAAUUUAUCAAAUGUAGUUAUCACAAAUUCAUAUUUUGAAUAAAAUUAAACUAACUCCUAAGCUAAUCCAAUUUUAAUUACUUCCACUUAUACUUCUAAUAUAACAAUAAGCAACUCAAUUUUUAGCUAAAAUAGAUUAAAUGCAAUUCCUAAUACCGAAACGUAUUCAACUUCUGCAAUUCAGGUAAUUAAUCCAUUAGGUUCAAUAUAUUUAGUUAAUAACCAAUAUAUUAAUUCAGUAUCUAGUAGUAUCUUUAAUUUUCAAUAUAUAGUUGGUCUUAAUAUAACUAUCAUUAAUGCUAAUUGCAAGAAAUCUUCAUUUAAUAUCACAGAUAAUAUAACAACUUUAAUAUAAUAAGGAGGUUGCUUAAGGGCUAAAUCAAACAAUUUGUAAAUUCUUUCUUCAAAUUUUAGUCAAUCCACAGCAAGCUAAGGCUCGUUUAUUUACUUAGAGAAUCUUAGUUCAGAAACAAAUAUUUUUAUAGAAAAAUCUUCAUUUGCAGAAGGUUAUGCUUAGAAUGAUGGUGGUGCAUUUUACAUAAAUUCACAAAACUCAAAUUUAAAUUUUGUAUGUAAAUCAUCUAACUUUAGUAAUAUCUAUACACUUAGUUCUUAUUCUUCCGCGAUUUCAAUAAUGUAA